UGGCGAUUGAGCCGCAGGUGGGACAACAGUAGCCGAGCAGCUAGGACGGUAGCCGGUGUCACUGUACGAUUUGCCUGUGUUUGAGAGACGACAUGGGAAAACUCCUGGAAUUCGAUAUCACUUUCGCCAACAACAAAUUGGUCUAUAACCCCGGCGAGUCGAUUUCUGGAACUGUGAAAAUAAAAAUAGGCAAUUUGCUGCACUACAAAGCCGUCAAAGUGAACUGUCAGGGCUCCUGCGGGGUGUCCAACAAGCUGAAUGAAGAGGAUUGGGCGGUGGAGGAGCAGUACUUCAGCAGCACGCUGUCUGUGGCAGAUAAAGGUUCACUGGCUCGUGGAGACCACAGCUUCCCCUUCCAGUUUCUCAUUCCAGAUACAGCUCCCACCUCUUAUGAAGGGCCAUACGGGAAGAUCACCUACAGAGUGAGGGCUUCCAUCGACACUCCCCGCUUCUCCAAGGACUACAAGGCCCAGAAGUCCUUCUAUCUGCUCAAACCCCUCAACCUGAAUGAAGUGCCUGACAUCGAGAAACCAAACUCAACCACAAUCACAAAGCAGUUCACGUACCUGCUGGUGAAGUCGGGCACACUCACACUGAAGGCCAAGACUGACCAGCGAGGCUACAUCCCUGGCCAGGUCAUCAAGCUGUCCACCGAAAUCCACAACAAGUCCAGCAAGCGCACAGACUGCGUCCUGGCCAGCCUCAUUCAGAAAGUGACGUUCAAGACAAAGCGCGUGGCCUGUGACUUCCGGACGAUCGCGGAGGUGGAGGGCGUGGGGGUGAAAGGGGGCAAGCGCGCCGAGUGGAAGGAGCAGAUCAUCGUGCCUCCUCUGCCCCAGUCUGGCCUGGAAGGCUGCACCCUCAUCUCCUUGGACUACUUCCUGAAGGUGUCUCUGAAAUCUCCCGAAGUUUUGGUGAUUCUGCCCAUCCACAUCGGGAACAUCGCCUUCGACCCCACCAUCCCCAGGGCCCCGUCCCAGCACCCCCGGCCCAGCGGGGCACCCCGGAUGCCCCCCCGCCCCUCUCCGCGACGCUCCACCGGGCCCUCGGCGUCUCCCAGCGCCCCGCCCGCGGAGGAGAGCCCCGGGGGGGCCGAGGGCAUGGCGAGAGAGGCCAUUCCCACCAAGAGCCACUCGCAGCAGGACCCCUUCGCCUCCCCCAGCGCCCGCGCCCUGACCCCGGGCUACCUCACCGCCCCGACCCCCCCCGCCGGACCCCAGUUCUCCCUCUCCACGGGGGCUACCAUCCCCUUCUUCUUCGAGGGGAGAGCCGGCCCCGUCCCCACCCCCUCUCCACUGGUCUUGCCCCCUGAUUACAGCUCGCAGGAGUACCCGCACGAACCCCCUCCCACCUAUGAAGAGAGCUGCAGCAGUACCAGCAGGAUUUAAAGUUUCAGGCAGAGUGCAAGAUGCCUAAUUUUACCACAGCAUCUGCCUGGAAGUUGACUAUCCCUGCUGGAUAUAUGGAGAAGGCUGGUUUCAUCUUGAACGGAAUGACAUUUUCAUCAUGUUGUAAACUUGUUUUUCCCGACUUGGAAAAGGGAUUAUCGUUUAUUUAUUCUUUUGUGCGUUUAAAAAAAAAACAACAUGUUUCCUCUCCUGUCUGUUGAAGUUGUGGCUGUGCAGUUUUGAGCACUAAAAAGGAUUUACACAACAAAGUGCAGUUGGGCUCUUAAAAUCUUUGGGCCUGGCACAGUCCACAAAAACAGGACCAGCCUUUUUAAUGUCAGGCAGUUUAUGUCUCUGUUUUAUACUUAUAUUAGCAUCUGUGAUGCCUCAAAUUGAAAAUACUCUCUUACUACUGAAUGUGUUUUACUCAAAUUCAAUGUGGCCUUACAACAAAUCAUCACAAGGUGCAGCUCUUGCUGCCCUAUUACAGUGAGUAGCAGCCUCGGACACACAAGUCAUUGCGCGUCAUGAAUAACCGAAUCUGUAGGCGGAGUUCCUGAACAGACACCAGCACCCGUACAUCUCCUUGAAACAAAAUGGCCGUAUGACUGCACUUGAACAGCUGGACAAUUGGACAGACUUGCCUGAAGGACAGGCUGGACUUGGGGUAAGAGGAGAUGAGGAGUUAUAUUCUGAGCCAUGGACCAUGUAAAGGAUGGAAGCAUGUUCCCGAUGCAUACCCCCACCCACUCCAACUCAGCCUAAUGUGAUUGGGGGCACCCUCGAGACCACUCCCCCACUUUUUCGGCUGAACGGCAGGACUGACUUGUGCUCUGAAAUAUAAUGGAAAACCAGCUGCUUUGCACAGAUUCUUGUUUGAAAGGAAGGGGAUUUGUGUUUCCCAAGAAUGCCUUCUGUGUUUUGUUUUUUUAAAGUAAUUUUAUUUUAAACAUAACUAAAAUGUAAUUGAGUGUGCUGGUCGUUCUUGCCACUAGUCAGAUCAACUGACGCUUUGGAAAUGUAUGUAUACAUUAUCUGUUUAGGUCAAUGGCAGUACGGUCAAUAUGGUCUUGUUACAUGUCCAUCAUGUUGAUCAGAUGUUGUACCACGGAAAAUCGUGUUUUAUGGGGCUAGUAGAGCAUUUUUGAUGUCAGAUAAACCACUUAUAUUUUGCAAAGUAAAAUGUAUUAUAGCUGUGUAGUCAAACUGCUAUUUUUUAAAAUAUAUCUUUCAAGAUAUGAUUUUGUUUACUGUUGCUUAGACACAGUCAAAAUGACCUACAGUAACUUCAAGUAUCGAGAUUUCAGCACAGCUAUCUUCAGUUAAUACUUACAAAAGUACCACUAUUUAUUAGCAUUGCCUCCACUUUCUACUAUUGCCAGGCCUGAGGUUGAAGUGCGAUAACAUCUAUUAGAUCAAACAUUUGGACUGUUGGCCUGAACUGACAAGAGUGCAAUGAUUCAAGUUUCAACAAACCCCAUCCCAUUUCCUUCACAACAGCAGCCCCUAGUGGCAAAAAACUAAACAACCUUUCUACCACCUAGAGGACAACAAGCCCCGGACAGAGGCGGUCGGUUCCUGAUUGGCUGCCUGCCUGAGGAAUUAAGAUGGCAUGCCUAUUCGUUCACAUGUACAUGUUUCUGCUUGUGGAUUAGUACAGUUGCAGUCAGCAGUGAUGGUCUAUACACACCCAGUUUCAAUCAACAGCAAAAACCAACAAAGAAAAAAUCUGUUUCCUUGUUCCUUUUGCACCUUAUGUUUACAUUGUAUAUUAUAUUGUAGAUCUCUAAUGGCACUGCCGUGAUGUGUAGGGUCACGGCAGUGGAAUAAACGUUUGUUUAUGCCACUUGCCAUUUAUGUAAUGUUUUAGUCUCUCAUUCCAUCCGUUUCCUCAGGAAUCACUAAACCCAGCCAACGGAAUGCUAAACAUUACCAAAAUGCGAGAGUGUGCUUCUGUUAAUUACUAAUUACAAUUACUAUGCAAAAGCAAUAUUAGUCUGAUGUUUUGAGGUUUUGUUGUCUGCAAAGGUGUAAAAGUAGAUUUAUCAGUCUACCCCACAAAAAUAAAAUUUGCUAGCUUUAUUCACUCCAUGUUGUACUGAUUUCCUCUCUGGUGGUCUGUAUGGGUGGUUUGCGCUUUUGUAUUUUUCUGUUUGUAAUGGUUGUCGUGUCAUAAUUAUGUUUGAAUAUUUUAUUUGAAUAUAUUAUUAUUUUUUUCCUUUGGGUUUUACCAUUUUUGAUCAGUGCUGUCAACUUUGAGUCAAUGUUACUGUUCAGAAAGUUUUUAAUAUACACGGUACUAAUAAAUUUAUCUUAAAAUGCA